CUCUCCGCCUUCCAAUUAACAAUUUCAAAUCUCUCUCUCUCAAAACCCCAAUAAAAAUAUGAAGAAACCAUCACCAUUUCAUCUCUCUCCUCUCUUUUUCCUUCUCUUCUUCAUCACAGUUUCCUCCGCCGUACACGGUCGGAAACUGCUCAACUCUCCAGACAUGUAUUGGGGAUCGCCCAAUGGAGGUGGGAACCCCACUGGGGGCUAUGGCUCUGCCCAUGGUCCUAAUUGGGACUAUAAUUGGGGCUGGGGUUCGAGCCCUGGGAGUGGCUGGGGUUACGGGUCGGGUUCCGGUCGCUCCGCGACUGGGUUCGGGAAAGGUUAUGGAUAUGGAUUUGGUUCAGGGUCAGGUUCGGGAUCUGGAUAUGGGUAUGGAAGUGGAGGUGGUGGGGCUCAUGGUGGUGGAUAUGGGUCCGGAAGUGGCUACGGUAACUCUGGCGACAGUGGCGAUGGUGGCGGGUACGGUGGUUCGAGUGGCGGCGGAUAUGGCAAUUCGAGUGGCGGCGAGUAUCCUCCGUCAGCCGUUACGAAGGACAAAAGCAGGCAUGGGUAGAGAAAAUGCAUGUGAAUGGAUAAUGUUAUAAGCUCUAAUUAUAUGGGGGGGAAAUGCGAGGAUGUAAGGUUAGCCUUAGCUAUCUCUAAUUAUAAUAUGGUUUGUAAGCUUGUUUAAAGUUUGCCCAUAUAUGAGUCACCCUAUUAUAGUGU